AUGACCACGGCGAGCGACUCGUGCUGCCUCCCGAUGGCCGAGGCGGCCCCACCGGCCCCACCGGCGGCGCCGCUGCCUCCUCACGACUCGCCUAGAAUCGUGCAGACGAAGCGCCUCUACCGGUGGGGCGGUGUGGAUGUUGUUCAUCGGCUGGACACCAUAAUUUCCAGUUCAUCUGUUUGUCAAGAAGUCUUCAAGCCAGAGAAUGUGAGCCAAAGAAACAAGUUGCGGGAGCUGUGCGUGAAGCUCAUGUUCUUGCACCCUGUGGAUUACGGACGCAAGGCUGAGGAGCUGCUUUGGAGGAAGGUCUACUAUGAAGUGAUUCAUGCUGUCAAAGCAAAUCGUAAGCAGCUUCAGACCCGGGGCUCGAUGGAAUGUGCGUACCGCACGCACCUUGUCGCGGGUGUCGGCUUCUAUCAACACCUGCUGCUUACCCUGCAGUCUCACUAUCAGCUGGAGCUGCAGGCCUGUAUCGACUGGACCCACGUUGUCGACACGCUGAGCGCUGUAAAGAAACCAGCGAUGGUUUCAUCUCGUGCAUUGGAGUGGGCACGGAUGGCUUGUCACCACUGCCUGAUAUACCUUGGAGACCUAGCUCGCUACCAGAAUGAGCUGGGCGUCAUCGACACCCAUCACCUGUCCGAGCGCUUUUACCUCCAGGCUCUGGCAGUAGCUCCCCACGUUGGAAUGCCUUUAAAUCAGUUGGGUACAUUGGCUGGGAACCGGUCUUACAAUGUGGAGGCAGCCUACUACUACAUGCGCUGCAUUCAGUCUGAGGUGGGAUUUGACGGUGCUGUUGGUAACAUGAGACGAGUGUUUAUUAAAGCCAAGAAGAUGUAUAUGGAGCUCCUCAAGAAAGAGGCUCCUUGUAAGAAGGCAUCUCUUAGUAAACAGAGGUCACGAGACCUUAAAAAGCUUCUUGUGAGCUUCCUCUACCUUCAGAGUUUGCUUCAUCCAACCAGCAGUGUGUCCGAGGCAGAGGUGACCUCCCUGUGCCAGGCCGUCCUGCACGAUUUUAACCUCUGCAUGUUCUACUUGCCGGCCGCGGGGGCCAAUGCCGGUGCAGGACCCGAGGACCAUGACGCCCCCUGCCUCUCCCACCUUCUUGUCUUCAGAAUGCUCGUGCUUUGCCUCAUGGGCCUGCACGGCCUGAAGAGGGCAGGUAAGCGAUUCCACAGGGCAGCGCAGCAACAACGACCGCUAUUUGGACCGAAGUGGCGGUGA